UUUCUAUUGAGAAAAAUUCCAUAAAACAUGGUUUUUGUUGGAUGUUGUUAAAUAUUGAAGGGCGCAAAUUUAUUCUGAAGGCCGUAGACCUCAGCCGUGGUUUACGGAUUUGUUGUCAGCAAGCCAAAAUACCAUUAAAGAUCAUCUCGCAAUACAAAUGAAUAAUGAUAUUUUUGGAAAUUUUCAAUAGAGCGGUUGAGGAAGCCCUCCUAUAUCGAUUCGAGAAUGCAAAAAAUGGUUUAAAAUUCGAGAAAUUCAACCAAACACUAGCUGAUUUUGAUGGUGCUAUUUAUCAUUUAAGAAGUGUUCCAAAUGACCGAUCAAAAAUUCUUGUCAGUAUAACACUAAACUUUUUUCAGGAACUACAGGAACAUGGAGCAAACGAGGUAUUAAGAAGAGAAUACGGCCAGUAUUUAUUAAAUAAACCUGAAGAUGGUUGCAGUGUCUCAUUGUUAUAUGAUCUAGAGCAUUUACCAGAAAAUUAUGCCUUAAUAGCACAAAAAGCUGCGUUAUUAAAAAGAAACUGUUUUGCCGCUGUAUUUGAGAAAUUUUUUGAAUUCCAUGCUUCCAUGGGUGAAGAGGCUGUUGGUUGUAAAAAAGCUGUCAUACAUUAUCGACCAGAUGAAACACUUUACAUCAGUGCACUUGCCGAUCGGGUUACUGUUAUAUUCAGUACUGUUUUCAAAGAAUCUGAUGAUCUAAUUAUUGCUAAAGUAUUUUUACAGGAAUUAACUGAAGUUCGACGACGUUUUGAUCGAGCGCCUCAAGUUCUAUAUUCUCAGUCAGUACCUCCUAGUGAAUUAAUUGGGACAGAUGCAGCUGUCGGUGAAAAUGUGGCGUAUAUUACAUUUGUUCUAUUUCCUCGACAUCUUACACCGCAAGCAUCUCCACGUACUAUCAAUCUUAUUCAUAUAUUACGCAACUAUUUACAUUAUCAUAUAAAAUGUUCCAAAGGAUAUAUACAUCGAAGAAUGCGUGCUAAAACAUUUGAAUUUAUUAAAAUAUUAAAUCGUGCUAGACCACAAUUUUAUUGUUUAAAUCCUGUCAUACAAACUGGUACUUCUAUGAUGAUGACAACAACAACAUCAAUGAAGUCAAUCACUUCAAAUUCAUUAUUUACAGACAAUAAUAUUACAAAUGGUGAAAAUGGUAUUGAUUAUAAUAAUAAUAAUAAUAAUAAUAAUAAUAAUAAUAGUAAUGGUAGUCAUAAUGGAAGUAUACAGACAAAUCGAGAAAAUACAAUAUCACCAAUAAAAGAUACUAGAUCAAUGUCACAACAACAUCAACAUUUAUCAACACCACCAGUUCGACAAACAUCAGUAUCAUCAUCAUCAUCAUCGCCGUCAUCAUAUACGACUACUCUUCCUCAAUCUUCAGAUUUCAUGCUCAAUAAUGGUUAUAUAUAAAGUAUUAUUCUUUAAAAAGAAAAGAUGUAUUUUAACUUUGUCUCCCAUUCAUUUUAUGUGGGAGUGUAUGUGUCUGUUCCUUCAUCUUUUUUUUGUACUUGUGCCAAAUAAUCUGAAUACAUUUACUAAUAUUAUUCAUACUAAAUAACAUGUAUACUGGCUAUUCAUUAUAGACCCAAAUGAAGAUAGCUGACUUCCUAAUAUCAAUUUAUUAAUAGUAGUAUCAUAUGCAUAUAAAGAAAAGAAAACCCAGGCUUAUUUCAUCUCUCUCGGUGGCUUAGUUAGAUCAACUUCUUCCAUAAGUCAUGAUCAUCAUCAUCUUUUUAUUUGGCUGUUUGUGCAUAUGUGAUAGGUAGUGUAAUUAUGAAUAGUUUCAUGUUGAUGAUAACUUGACAAGGGAAAGACCUGUGAUUUUUUAUCUUAGUUACAGCCUAGAUUAUCCAUGUAACUGAUCUAAGAUAUAUACAUAUAGAAAUGUAUAUGUAUAUACCUAUGUAUUUAAAAAAAUGUAUUCUCCCUUUAUCCUCUUAUUCAUGAAUUAUAUCUUCUGCUGCAUGGUAUCAUUCUCCAUACUACAUUAUUACCGGGUUGUUGUUGUCGUUUUUUUUUUAAUGAAAAAAUUCAUCCUUAGGGUUUACUUUAUUGUAAUUCGUUUAUCCGUCGUUGUUGUUGUCGUCCUCGUCGUUUUAUUUGAAAUACAAAUGUUUGUUUGUUUUUCUCUACUCCAUCCUUAUUUACUUUUUUUUAAAAAUGUUAUUCAUUUUCUUUGUCAAUUAUCAAGAAAUGAAUAGGUAUCAUUGUUGUCUUCUUGUUUCUACAAUUGCCCUUUAUUAUGAUUAUCUUCUGAAAGAUGUAGGUGAUAAUAUGAGUAGAGAGAGAGAGAGAGAGAAAUACCAUUACCUGUAGGAAACAAAUUGAAUCUUUUAUAACUUGGACCGAUGCAUAUAUAUGCCUGGUCCUACGUUGUAACUGACUGACUUGUAAUAUGAAUAGUAAUAUAAAGCAUUUAUUAAUGUUCCUGUAAAACAUAUGCAUUAUUUACUAUUAUUAAUAAUGAUUAUUAAAUAAAUGAUAAUAAAUUUAA